AUGGAUUCAUAAGAUAAAGGAGAGUUUUGUUAACAUAAACAAGUUUUUAGUCUGAAUAGUUAUUUAGGACACAUGUUUGUGAUAGAACAUAAAAAGAGGUUUUGCCCAAUUUUUUAAGAAAAUGUGCGACAAUUAGAGAUAAAUUCAGAAUGUGUAACUUUGUAUUAAGAUAUAAACAAUUAAAUAAAACAUAAGGGAAGGAGGAUCUUAUAUGUUAGAUUAUCUCAGAAGGCAAAAUAAGGGAUUUUAAUGAUGUAAUCAAAUAAAGGGUAAAGAAACAGAAAAGAUGAUAAUGUAUGUUAUAUAGUUUAAGGAAAAAAUGAAGGACAGGCAAUAAUGAUUGAUUGA